AUGGCCUCCGCCCAGACCGUUGAUCCGAUCUCGAGAAGCGCACCCCGAAAUGUUCCCCAAGUGAACGCCAACGGGCCCUGGCCGAAUCGCAGAACCUCGCUCUCUUCUUUCCCUGCGUCUCGCUCGCCCUCACAGAUGUCGCAUACCUCCCGCCCUUCGAGGUCGCCGCAACCGCCGCCAUUGAUGGAAGCCGACCGCAGCUCUAAUCCGAGCUCCAAAUCAAAAACCCCAUCCAUUGGCGUCUCGUCCCAGCACUCGUCGUUGUCCGGCUCCGGCCCGCGGCGCUACAACCCGGAUGCUUUCCCGCCAAGGAAGCUUCGCUCCCAGUACCCGCGAGGGUCGACCGAGAACCACGUCGAGUAUAUCCUCGUCGCGUCAUUCGAUAUCGACCGCGGUCCGGUGAUGGAACACCAGUAUCCCGUAGCUAUCACCGGCGACGAGCACAUGCUUGCAGAGCUGAUGCUCCCCGACCAAGCGCACGUGCGUAAUCAGGAUUGGACUAUAUUUUUCUUGCAUAAGGACACCAGUCAAGAGGAAGAGGAUGAGGAGCGGCGGCAGAAGGAGCAGAGGCGCCGGAGGCGCCGGCGGAAACAAAAUAGGGCCGCCGGCAUAAUCAGCGAAGAGGACGAGGAGGAGCUCGAGGAGGAUGAGGCCAACGACCCCGAUGAUUGGGAUGACGACGAAUCGACCGAUAGCGAGCCAGAAGGUGGCGAGGGACCACCGCUGAUAUAUGUACUCAACCUCGUCAAUACCAAGCAAGACAAGACCGUGAAGCGUGGUGCCAUUGUCAAGGCAAUGGCUAUAUGCACACGCCAUCCGUUCUUGCAUAUCUACAAGCCCCUACUCCUUUUAGCGCUGGAUGAGUACUUCAAGUCUCCCGUGCCCGAGACUCUUGCGAUGCUCUACGAUUCCGUUAAUGCUAUGGAUCUUUCUUUAAUGCCGAAGCUUAGUCUCCUGGAGAGACAUCUCCUUCAAGCGAGCGACAACAAGGAUUUGUUUGUGGAAAAGUUUGAGCGAAUGAUUCAGCUGCGGAUAGCGGAAGACAGCGGAGAGCACGUGUCCGACCAGCCCUUCGAUGCGAGCCGCGACCCCCCGAAGCCUCCAGGCAUAUCCCGCGCAGGCACGAAAGCCCAUGUCGAAGGGAACUCGGCCUACUCGGUGCCACGCGAUACCCACGAGUUCGAGAGUAAAGUGAUGUACAAGGGCAUCCCCAUCCCCAUCAAGGUCCCCGUCGCCGUCAUGCCGGAAAGUGUGGGGGACUUCUCCUUGAUCAAGUUAAUUCAGACCUUCUCAACGUCGCACAUAAAGCAACCGUUAUCGUAUUCGCCUCACGCUCACCUAACGACCAAUGGCGCCAACACGCAUCCUAUUAUUGUCCUCGUCAACGCUCUUCUUACCCAGAAGCGAGUCAUCUUCUUGGGCCAUAACAUGCCGUCGGGCGAGGUCGCCGAAGCUGUAUUAGCUGCGUGCGCGCUGGCAUCCGGCGGAGUACUUCGGGGAUUUACACGACACGCCUUCCCGUAUACCGACCUAACGAAGAUCGACGACCUACUCAACGUACCUGGAUUCAUCGCAGGUGUGACGAAUCCGACGUUCGAACUGCAUCCCGAGUGGUGGGAUGUCCUAUGCGACUUGUCCUCGGGCAGAAUCAAGAUCAGCUCCAGAAUUGAGCCCGCGGCCGCUACGGAGGGUAUGGUGUAUUUCCAGCAGCAGAAUCCUACCUACGCUUCGCUCGUGCAAGUUCACGCCUCCGGAAGUUCCUCGACGCCCGACCUUACCAACGAUACGGCGUUUAUAAACGACAUUCUCAAGAGUAUCAACGCGAGGCAUGGCGAGCGCGUCAUUCGGGCCAAGUGGCGGGAUUGGGUCACCAAGUUUACGCGCAUCGCAGCGGCGUUUGAGGAAACGGUUUACGGCGCCAGCGCCCUUUAUAUUGGUAGCGAUGAUCUUGAGGGUUCAGUCACCCCCGGCCCCCCUAACGGGCAUGGCUACGUGUGGGUUGAUGAGACGGCCAAGUUGAGGGAGCUCGCGGGAAAUGUCACGCGUAUUGAAGGGUGGAGGAAUACUAGGAGCUAUUAUAGCUUUAUUCAGGACCUCGCGCAGCUCUAUACAGUGCGGCCUCUGAAGGGCCUCGACCUCCACCACAUGCACGAUCGGCUCCGAACCCAACGACUCACGCCGGCACAAAGCAAAGACAUCUACCUCGCGUUCGCCAAGCACGUCCAUUCCUACGAUGAGAUAUGCCUCCUCCUAUCCGUAGCGCCCGAAUCGCACGCGGGCCUCUUCUACCUUGCGUUAGGCCUCUUCCACAAGGACAAGGAAGUGCGCGUGUGGACGACAGAUCUUCUCGAACGCAUAGGAGAGCACGAGGCGGGCCAGCAUUGGUGGAAGUCGCUCAGUCGGUUUGAGAAGUUGGCGUUUCAGCGGAUACGGAGGGAGAUGGAGGCGGAGAUGCGCACGAAGCUGGAGAAGGAGGGGCUGAGUACCGAUGGGAGGCGGAUCAGCUAA